AUGACAGAAGAACACCAGAACAUUGACAAGCAUUGCGUAACAAACAUGUCCACUGAGAACAGACUUGCCUAUCCCAAGUUGUUUAAGUGCACACUGUAUUGUGAUCUAAAUUUGAUCAAUCACAGAAAUGUGAAGUCAGACGUGUCUAGUGCAGCAAACCCUUGUCGUAGAUUUUUCCAGCUAGAGGCAAGGAUAAUUGCUGCUGCAUUACAGUUGCUUGGAAAAUGUGAGAUGGAUGAGCAGCCAACCCAGAAUGUGCUUGAGGGAGGAACCGAUGCCACAAAACAGGAGGACUACUUUCGCAAGCUGGCAGCACUCGUUGUACAUACCUUGUCAUUAACAAGGUACCCCUGUCGAUUUCUUGGGUGUUCCAAAUCAUUUGCACAUGACGGAAAGAUAAGACGGGAGCACGAAGCUAGCCAUAACCCUCCACUAGUGAUAAGUUAUCUUAAUGAUGCCCAUGUAUUUGACACCAUGGAAAGCAAGGAGAACAAGGAAGGUGAUGACAUGCUAGCCUACCAAACGUCAUUGAUUGCUUGAUUAUGGGCUACUGGUUCAUAACUUUAUGGAUGCUAUCUCAGAAGGAGAUGGAGAGGGGGUUAUCCGCUCAAACAUCAAGGUGGGGCUGCAACCCAGUAUUCUUGAUAUUCCAAGUGCAUGCCUUGUUAAGACCUCGGGGAGCCCAUCGCUUAGUGUUAAACAGGUCUUGCAAAAACAAGUCUGGUGCUGGCGGCAAUAUUCCACUUGACUUGGCAUAGGAAUUUUACAAUAAAGCUGUGAAAGAGACUAUAAAGAAGCUUGGUCCAGGGGCAUCGACAAGGUCAAUUAAAAGGAUAUGCCAUUAACUUGGGUUCACUACCACUCUAAUGAACACUUACGAUAGGAAUCUCAACGUGUUCAGAAGGUCGGGGAAGCGUGUGCGAACAUCACAAAAAGGGAGACCCGA